AUGUCACUCAACACCUUUGACGCAGAAACGGCAGAUAACCUCGAGGACAUCGAAAAGCAGUUUGCCGUCAAGGCCGUCCAGCAGAUGGAAACGUACUGGAACCUGCUGCAGUCGAUUCCCGGCAGCAAGCUCAAGCUGACCAAGUACGACGACGAGAUCAUCGAGGAAGUGCUCAAGGACUUCCCAGAGUUUGCGUCUCCUGAAGGCGUGGCGAAGGUCAGCGAGGACGACAUGAAGUCUGCUGGCGGCAAGGCGCGGUGGAGAAACUUUCUCAAGAAGUUCGAGGACAAGGUGCAGGACUACAAUUUCGGCACGCUGCUUCGAUCGGACGCCUCGAAGGAGUACGACCAGCACGGAACGAUCUUUGUGGUGAGACUGCAAUUCUACGCCAUUGAAAUUCUCAGAAACAGAUACGGCCUGAACGACUGGGUGUGCCAGAAAAAAUAG